CCGCAAUCACGUGCAGUUAGAUCCACUGAAACUAGAGAGGGGGAUGCAUUUAUUGAUGGGUUUGGCGUUUCGACGCAACAUGAACACAAAGAUGGCAAAACCUUCCACUGCUUUCUCUUCCACAGCCAUAACUUGAACCAAGUUGUGUGUUUUCUUCAUAGAGUCGGGAUUUCUGACCCUAUCCCGGAUCGUUGCAAUACAAAAGACUACCACUCUGCCUUGAUUCACUGCAUCCUCAAGCCUUUGCACAUCCGAAAAGGCCGCGUCACCUGCCUUGUCUCCGUAAAACCUGCUGUUGCUAAUAUCCGCGGAGGAUUUCACGGGGGAGCUAUUGCUGCUGUAGCCGAGACAGUAUCGAUAGCUUGUGCAAGAAUGAUAGUGGCCGAGGAUAAGAAGAUUUUCCUAGGGGAACUGAGCAUCUCCCACCUCUCUGCUGCACCAAAGAAUGCGGAGCUGAUAGGUGAAGGAUCUGUCGUGAAGAGUGGAAGAUUUCUGAGCGUGAUAGCAGUUGAUUUCAAACUCAAGGAAACUCAACAGUUGGCUUACACUGCUCGUGCGACCUUGUAUCACACGCGGGUUGCAAAAUUAUGAAUUCAGAGAUUAAAAUUUUGUAACACAUGAUCAUCUUAUCAAUGUUUAUGGCUUAGUAUUAUACAGAGUUACUCUGAAAUAAGAUCCACGACGUCUUCAAAUU